CUGGUAGCGCAGGUUUUUUUCUUAGUUUCUCCCCAUCACUCAACGGCGCAAGUCCGGCGCACUGUUGGUUCGUUGCGUUACCGUGCGUGCGUACGGGUUUCUCCUUCACGGCAUCGAAAGGUGUUCGCUGCACAGUGUUUUCGCGGUUUCUCGAAGCUUAAAUUGCAUAGCAGUAGGGGAUUACUUUAUUGUUGCCCUCUUUUCAAAACGCGUGUGCUGGUGUGCUUUCGCGGAUUUGUGACAAAAUUUCACCAAAAAACUGCCGAAAAGCUUUUUCUGUGUGAUUUCAUCCAUAAAUCCCUCCUGUAAAUUAGAAUCACCGCCUUUGCUGAUUGUGCUCUCAGUUCUCAAAAAUAACUGCAGCCAUAAAAUAGAGCGAAUCUUUGCGAAUGCAAGUGCAAAAAUUAGGGUUGUUCCGGCUUCAAUUCUCUCCUGUGUUGAUGUGUGUCUGUGUAUUAUAAGUGAACGUGUUGCACCACCUAGUGUACGUGUUGGUGAGUGAAUUUUUCCAGUAAUCAAUUACUCCGCUCACACAGGGAGGCAAAAUUGUAUCGCGAUAACAAGCCGCGAGUGCAGUAAAAGUAGCAAAAAAAAGGAAAAGAGCAUCGACACCAAUCACUCAAUCUUUCCCAGUGCAAAAGCGGAAGCAAGUGAAGCAAGAAGCUUUUCCCCGUUCAUUACUGCGCUGGUACCUGUGCGUGUGUACGUUUGUAUGUGUGCGUGGUGGUGUAAAGGUGUUUGAAGGAAAUUAAACCUUUCGCUCGGCAGUGAUCAAAGUGAGCAAAGAAGAAGAGGAGGGAAAAAAAGAAAAAAAAACGGGAAGCGGAAAAUUCAGUGACCGGAACGGGAUCGGAAGUACCGGAAUUGCAAUAUCGCUGCUGGUGAAGGUGGGCAAUACGCGCGAACGGUUCUUCCGUUUUGGAGUGAAUUGAUUUUUACUGUCUAUUUUUUCUGUGUGUGUGUGUGCGCGUGUGUUGAAUCUGUGGGCAGUGUAAAAUGCAUCGACCCUGUGCGUGUUACACUCACCGUAUCGAGGUGAUUGAUUUCUAUUCAAAUUAGUGAGAGAGGUUGCAAAACAAAAAAAAGCUAAACCAAAAGCCGUUGAAUUGUUCAAAGUGUUAAAUAGAAAAUUGAAUUAAACAACAAAAAAACGCGUGUCCCUUGCUUGGUGCAACACCCUUUGCUCUACGUGUGCACCAUUUAAAUGCCACCACAGAUACUGCCACAGAUACUGGGCAGCAGCGGCAGCACCAGCUCGAAGAUGCAGUCCCGCGACCAUCCGUUUAACCGAUCAACCCGGCCGCUGCUCGAGCGGCGGGCCCAGCCGCAGGUGGUCAGCACCAAGAAGCAGUACCAGUACGGGGCCGGCUCGACCCAGCAGCCGACGGUACCGACGCGCGGCUACAACGACUUUAACCUGAUCAGCCGCCAGUACGAAACGUGGAACUCGAACCACUCGCACAAGGGCUACCCGUACGGCAGUCCGCCGUCGCCGACACACGAUUUUCAGUUUUCCGACAUCGAAGGGCCGCAGCGGACGCAGCACCACCAGCGCACCGUGCACCAGUACACGGUGAACAGCAACAACAGCGAUGACGACGACGAUGACGACUACGACGAGCUGGUGUACCAUCACAAUCAGCUUAACGUCGCGUCGAGCGGAACACCGGCCGGGCUGAAGGUGGCCAAUCAGCAGCUGCGCCGGCGGCUGCUCGAUGCAGCGUCCCCGACACCGCCCGUACCGCCGCAGCGGACGGGCGUGCACAAGACGCCGCCGCCGCCACCGUCACGCGGCCGCACCACGGACCCCGCAGCUCCAGCGAUCGCCCCGGCCGACCUGGACGGGCCGUUCGUGUUCGGCGUGCAUCAUCCCAACACGUUCACGCCGGCGUACGGUGCCAAGGCGACACUGUACGGAACCGGGGCGACGACACUCGGCGGCAAGGAUGCAAAGGAUGCGCUGCACUCCAGUCCCGACACGAGCCAGCACAGCAGCGAUAUUAGCUCGUGCGAAAAAUCACGGCGCGCACUGGUGAAGGAGAAGAAAAACUCCAAACGAUCGAAAAUCGAUAAAAAAGACAAAUCGAAACAGAAGUCUGAAAAACGAACGUCCGAUGUACCCGUGCAGCCGAACGUGAAAUGUGUCCUCGUCGGAGACGGUGCCGUCGGAAAAACCAACCUCAUACUCUCCUACAUCCAGGACCGGUUCACACACGAAUACGUGCCAACGGCAUUCGACAAAUACAACGUGGACGUCAGCGUGGAUGGGCGACCGAUUGGGGUGACGCUCUGCGAUACAGCCGGACAGGAUGCGCUGGAUACGCUGCGUCAGCUCUGCUACCCCGGUUCCGACGUGAUCCUGCUCUGCUUCUCGGUCGUGCAGCCGGAUAGUUUCCGCUCCCUGGCCACCAAGUGGCAGCCGGAAAUCAGCAAGCUGAAGGGCGUGUCGGUGGUGCUGGUCGGGACGCAGUCCGAUCUACGGAACGAUCAGAAUACGAUCGGCAAGCUGCAGGCUCAAGGAGAAAAACCAAUUCUGUUCUCAUCUGCCUGGGACUUUGCUCGAAAGAUUGGUGCUAAAUACAUUGAAACAUCGUCGCACAAGAAGGAACACAUCAAGGAGGUAUUCGAUACAGCCAUCUGGGACGCGCUGCAAUCACAGGAGCACGCCAGACGGAAGCGACCACUGUGGAAGCGGCUGUGCUGCCUUACCUGCUGACUGACUCGUGUCGUGACGUGAGCAGCACCAUCGAAGAAAAUCAUACAAAUCAAGACUGUCCAAUCCCGCUAGGUUGAAUGAGUGGUGUUGUGAGCCGUGCUCCUCCACACACGACUAAAAAACAAACAAACCUAGUAGCACUAGUAGUAGAUAUUGUAGAUAAAGCAACAAAAAAACCCCUCAGAACAGACAUGCAAAUGGCAGGCGAAUAGCUUCUUAACCUGUUAGCUAUGCCGCUGUGAAUUUGACGUUGUAUAAUAUAAACCGCACGGUGAAUGAAAAGACAUGGAUAGUGAGAUACUAGUAGUAGAAAAAAAAGAGAGAUAAAAAUCAAACCACGGUACAGCAACGAUCGUGAAAGUAUGUAUUAGGAUUAAACUCAUGGAAGCAAAGGGGAACGAAUGAACGAAGUAUUAUUGUAUAGCACUGUUCUGUAGUAUGAAAAAAGAGCAGCUAUUUAAUCCAACACCGAUAUCAGACCGGUACAUUGAAAUGGUGAUUAGGAACCAGCGUCGGAAUCGAUUUAAUAGGUUGGUAGUAUUACUGGUUAGCACGAUAGUUGUUAGUACGAGUAGGCACUCAAGAGGUUGUAUGGAGUAGCGAUAUGUUCGCAAGACAAAAUCAAUACGCAGCCGCUUGUUCAAUCGAUCGAGCUGCUACAAGAGCGACAAUUAUAAAGAAGAAAAAACAAACAAACAACGCCAACCACACACUUGACUGUAUAAUACUGUCAUCACCGAACGGUACGCCGGUUAAUGAACAUGAACAUUAAUAUGA